CUUCUCCUCAUUUCUUUUUUUUUCUCCCACCUUUUCCUCUUUUUUUCUUUUAUUUUAUUUUUACGGUCUCUCUCACUUUUUCGGUUUUUCGAAUAAACUAUAUUGUACUGCAAGUAAAUGACAAGAGAGCAUCGUGCCGGAUCGAUCGAUUCGUCGUUAUCGCAAACACCUACAGAACGUAGCCCUCUGCUGCCGUCCUCCAAAGUCGAUGAAAAUGGAUGGUCCACCGAAUUCAAAUGGUUACUGAAGAAUUCUCUGCCCGUCAUUGGAACUUACCUUUUGCAAAACUCGUUGCAAAUGGCAUCCAUUUUCACUCUGGGACAUUUGGGUCCCACUGAGUUGGCAGCGUCGGCUCUUGCAAGUAUGUUUGCCAGUGUAUCCGCUUGGAGUUUAGCUUUUGGCACCACGACGGCUCUAGAUACCCUGUGUUCACAAGCAUGGACCGGUGCUCACGAUAAAACCCUCGUUGGUGUGCAUUUGCAACGGGCCUUGCUUAUCCUUGCUGUCAUGUUUCUGCCCAUUGCCGUGGUAUGGUGGAACGCUACUCGUAUCCUUUUAGCCCUUGAUCAAGAACCGGGUCUGGCAUUGCAUGCAGGACUUUUCUUGCGUUACCUGCUUCUUGGUGCACCCGCUUUUAUCGCAUUUGAAGCGAUCAAGAAAUUCCUGCAGGCUCAGGGUAUCAUGCAAGCCUCCACCUACGUCCUCAUGUUCACUUCCCCACUCAAUCUCGCCAUCAAUUAUAUGUUUGUCUAUGUCGAACCGUUCAAAAUGGGUUUUAUUGGCGCUCCGCUUGCGACGAGUAUCAGUUACUGGGUGAUGUUAUUGAGUUUGUUGGCAUACAUCAAAUUCGUGGAUGGCCGUCAAGCAUGGGGUGGUUGGACGCGCGAGGCAUUGACUGGUUGGUGGCCUUUCUUGCGUUUGGCGAUUCCGGGUAUCUUGAUGGUGUGUACCGAAUGGUGGGCGUUCGAAUUAGCUGCUUUAGCUGCCUCCUAUUUGGGUACCAUUGAUUUGGCGGCGCAAUCCAUCUUGUUGACCUCCAACUCGGCAACGUAUACUAUUCCCUACGGUAUUUCUGUGGCGGCAUCCAACCGUGUCGGUAAUGCGCUUGGUGAAGGUUUGGCACAGAAAGCACGUCGUGCUUCCUUCAUGGCUUUGAUGUUUGCAAUUGGUUUCGGUGCUCUCAAUUCCACCUUUUUCCUCGUCACAAGAUCCCAUUUUGGCUAUUUAUUCACCUCUGAUCUCGAAGUGGUGCAGCGCGUGUCGUAUAUCCUUCCGUUGUGUGCUUUGUUCCAAAUUGCCGAUGGUUUGGCCGGUGUGUGCGGUGGUGUGAUUCGUGGUCUGGGACGUCAGAAAGUCGCUGCGUGGAUCAACUUGUUUGCUUAUUACGUUGUGGCUAUUCCCCUCGGUUUUUACCUCACUUUCAAGGCGAACUGGUCCCUUAUCGGACUUUGGACGGGUUUGUCGGUCGCUCUUUUCAUUGGUGCGUCGGGCGAAUGUCUUUUCUUGUUCAUGGUGGAUUGGUAUGCCGAAGUGAAACGCACACAGGACCGUGUCCACAAGGAAGAAGACAAACAUCACCAUAUCCUCGAAGAAGCUUAAGCUGGAUCAGUCACUUGAAUCUUUAUCUUUUUCUCCUUAUUCCCAUACUUUAGACGAUUCUUUCGCCAAUUAGAUCACUCAGUAUGACUCAUUUCUUCUCAUCCCCUUCCUAUUCAUUCAUUUUUUAUACAUAUUCUAGAAUAUCGAAUGUCCCUGUGUAUACAAUUGUAUGUUUAAAUCAUUUUCCUCUUUUCCCGCUCUCAUCAUUUUUUUUUUCGCUACCUUGAUUUUCAAUGAUUAAAACGGGCACCCAUUUCCACCAAUCA